AUGAAUCUGUCAACAACUAUCGCAGAGCUCUCACCCCCGCCGGCGGGGGUGGAUCUCUCCCAAGACCAAAAUCUUGGUAAUAAUAUCGCCAUCAUUGUCGUGUGUGCUUUAGCAGCGAUCGUUCUACCGAUACGCAUCUAUGUUCGCAUCCGUACUAAUAAGACGCUGCGAGUCGAUGACUGGAUUAUGAUUAUUGCCAUGGCUCCCCUCGGGGCAUUAUUCGCCAUUAAUUUCGUCGCCGAUCACUACGGACUCGGGAAACAUGUUUGGCUCUGUACAGUCGGGCACAUGAUCACCAUGAAAAAGAUGCUAUUCGUAUCCCUAGUAAUCUAUAAUUUCGAACUCUGCAUGAUCAAGAUCUCAAUCCUUAUGUUCUACCGCCGCGUCUUCGGCAUGAAUCCCCUCAACUGGCUAGCUUGUUUCUUCGCUAUCGGCUGGUUCAUCGGAUGCACCGUCGCCCUUUGCUUUGCGCCCGCGCCAAUCUCAUAUUUCUGGACACAAAUUGCCGAUGAGACAGGCGGACAUUAUCGAUACAGUUUUUAUAACUAUUAUAUCGGCAACGCUGCUACGAAUGUGGUUUGCGACUUCCUCGUUAUGGCAGUUCCGAUCCCAAUUGUUUGGCGGUUGAAGAUGCGUGUUGCGCAGAAGAUUAUGGUCUCUCUUGUUUUGCUCUUGGGAUGUUUUGUCUUUGCUGCAAGCGUCAUCCGAAUUCACUACUUAACAAAAAUCAAAGGUGAUGGUCUUAUCGACAUAACCUGGACCAUAGCACCAGUAUGCCUCUGGUCUACGAUCGAACCUUGUAUCUCAGUGAUUGGCUCGUGCCUUCCAGCAAUGCAGCCAAUCGUGCAAUGGGCACUUCAACUCGAACACAACUACUACAUUCGGAAACAUAUGCCUUCUCGAGCAAGGGGUUCUAUUCGUGAGAUCUUCCACGGGACUGGAGCUAGUAUGAACGCGAGUAGCAUGGAACGCAGUAUUACACCUAUCGAUUCCUUUGGUGGUAAGAAGGAGGAUGAUGUUGUUAGGUUAUUUGCUCAUGCUGCUCGGGUUGAGGCUAGUCCCGAGCCUGAUCGGGAUUUGAAUCCCCUCGAGGAAUAUCUGGGACUGAAUUAUAUUCGGGUUCAGCAUGAUGUCGAGGUUACGAUUGAUCGGAAAAGUGAAAUUGGAUCUGAAUCAUGUUGA